AUGGAAAUGAAAACUAAAAAUGACAUAACAAGGACACUGGAUGACAAGUGCAAGAUCCAUUUGCAAGAAUCGAAAAAAUUACUUGAAUACGAGAGGUCACAGAACUUUCAAAUGUACAUUGAAAUUAGUAAUCUAUGUUAUUCAAUUCGGAAUAAUAAAGAAACUGAAAAAACAAUUUUACAUAAUGUGAUCGGGCAUUUUGAGCCGAGAAAAAUCACAAUGAUAAUCGGUCCUUCCGGCGCGGGAAAGACUACUUUGCUAAAAAUCAUAUCGAACAAAAAAUUGUACAAUAUUAAGGGUAACAUCACCGUAAAUGGUGUUGAAUGGAAUAAAGGAAUAUUCCAUAAAGAAAUGUGUUACGUACCGCAACAAUUUGAUUUAUUGCCACUUCUCACAACAAGAGAAACACUUUACAUAGCAGCUCGACUGAAACUUGACGUUAAUCAGACAAAGCAAGCAAUUUGUUUAAUUGUGAACGAUAUUGCGGAGAAUCUCAAUCUGACAAACUGUCUGGAUACAUUGGUACACAAAUUAAGCGGUGGCGAACGGAAGAGACUCUCCAUCGGCGUAGAAAUAAUCACCAAGACAUCAGUUCUUUUACUGGACGAGCCAACAAGUGGUCUUGACAGUACGGCGUCUUAUCAACUUCUUAAUAUGCUGCACAAUAUAGCGAGCGAAAAUUGCACUGUGGUUUGUUCAAUACAUCAACCCAGUAGUCAGAUGAUUUCACUCGUCGAUAACAUUAUGGUACUCAAUCAAGGUAGAUGUAUGUACUGCGGCCCAACAAACGAGAUCUUAAAUACGUACAGCAUCGCAGGUUUCACGUGUCCCAACUUCUAUAACAUAACCGAAUUUGUGCUCGAGGUGAUAACCGGGCAAAGAGGUGGAGAUUUAGAAAAUUUACACAAGAUCUGCUAUGAUAAAUAUAAAGAGUUCAAAUCACGCAGUAAACAUAAUGAAAAUGAAUUAAAUUUACCAAUUGAUUCCAAGCAGAAAUUUGAAACAGAUAAUAUACCCAUAAAUAACAGAAUUUACCAAGAAAAAUCAAUAUGGCAACAGCAAAAAAUUUUAUUUUUAAGAGCUCUAAUUUCUAUCAAGCGAGAUAAUUUUUUGACAAAAAUAAGAUUUGUCACGCAUGUCAUAGUCGGUAUAAUAUUCGGUAUAGUUUUCUAUAAUUUCGGCAAUGACGCAGAAAAAGUGCCCAGCAACAUCGCUUGUUUAUUUCUUAUGCUUUUAUUUUUAUUCUUCGUAAGUGCCAUGCAGAUAGUGCUGAUAAUACCCAUGGAAACGGUAGUAUUCCUACAGGAACAUUUAAAUAAUUAUUACUCUCUGACGUCCUACUACAGCGUAAAAGUAUUAGCAGAACUCCCAAUGCAAAUACUUUGUGGCUCAUCUUUCAUGCUUAUAACAUAUUAUAUGACAGGACAACCAAUGGAAUAUGAUAGAAUUUUACAAAUGUGGAGUAUUUGCGUGUUAAUUGUAAUUCUUGGACAAACACUCGGGAUACUUGCAGGCACAGCUUUUAAUGCUGAAAUGGGUUUAUUUUUGGUACCGUCAAUGAAUAUACCAUUAGUGUUGUUUGCAGGAUUUUACGUGAAAAUUAAUGAAUUGCCGAUGUACUUGCAAGCUGUAUCUAUGAUAAGCUACUUCAGAUACGCAUUUGAAGGAAUAAUGCAGGCGAUCUAUCUCGACCGACCUAAUCUGUCAUGUUUAGAAAUCUAUUGUUACUUAAAGUCACCAAAGAAAAUUCUCUCCCUACUAAACAUGUCAACGGUGACAUUUCCUGUAAUUAUAAUAAUACUUUGCUCUUGGAUACUUUGUUUACAUAUUAUCACUUAUGCAGUACUUCGUUGGAAAAUUUAUUAUUCAACAAAGUGAAAGACGUGUUACAUUAAUGCUCACUCUGAGAAAAUGCUCUUUGAAGCAUAUUUCAAACGAAAAAUAAUCUAUUGAGUAAUUUCUGUUGUUGGAUGGUAAAAGAAGUAAUAGAAUUAAGAAUAUCGAGGUUGAAUAGAUUAUUAUACUGAAAUAUAUAACAAACUGAAUAAUAAAAUUUAUUUUCCUACUGA